GCAUGGCAUUGAUCGCUCGCAGCCAUUGAAGGAAGUACUCACAGAAGAGGAGAGAAAGAGAAUCCGAAGAAGAAGAAGAAGAAGAAGAAGAUGGGAGUGGAGAAGCAGUUGGUAAGGCCUGGAACUGGUCCCAAGCCAGUUCCCGGUCAGAACGUCACCGUUCACUGCACCGGUUUCGGGAAGAACGGUGACCUUUCUCAGAAAUUUUGGAGCACAAAGGAUCCUGGCCAGAGCCCUUUUACAUUCAAAAUCGGCCAAGGUUCUGUUAUCAAAGGAUGGGAUGAAGGUGUGAUUGGCAUGCAAGUCGGUGAAGUUGCUCGUCUCCGGUGCUCCCCUGAUUAUGCUUAUGGUACUGGUGGCUUUCCUGCUUGGGGAAUACAGCCCAACUCUGUUUUGGAAUUUGAAAUCGAAGUCUUGAAUGCGCAAUGAAAACCUUCUUAGUCUGUCCCUGUCCAGAGAAUAAAAUCAUCCAUUUUCAUGGAUAUAUGUGUAAUGGUAUCCCCACAUUGUGACUCUGUGAGUGAUAUCAACAGUGGUUGAGUUGUUUAACUGAAAUACUAAAUAACUUAUUGGAUGUUCUCAGACUAUCUAAUAUUAUGUUUGGUAGCCUUUACUGUCUC